AUGGCAUCCCUCAAAGACCAAACCAGAUACCGAUCCGCGGAUCCCAAAACCCGGCCUCCACGCCCAGUUCAACAACCCGCUCCUCUGCGGCUCCCUAAGGGGGUGGAUGAUAUCCGGAAGACGAAGGAGUACAAGGCUGCUGCACGGAGAUGGACAUCGAUUAUGGUCGGACUACCAUUUGUAAUAUGCACAUCGUAUGUUCUUUACGACCGACUCUAUGGUGGCAAGAGUCCCAAGCGGAUUGGAGAUCAGGCGCAGAAGAAUUAA